GUUUUCUCCCCAAAUGGGGAUUUCAAGUUUUUAAAAGGCUUGACCUGUUCAGACCAUUGACGCUCCAAGUAAGUCAUAGACGCUUUUAUUUCUAUUAUUUCUAUACUGCAGAUGCCAGCCCAGGGUCAUCCCUGCUUCCAGACAAACACACGUCUUGCCAGGAUGCAGAUCUUAGAUAUUUGGAUGUAGAGUUGGACAUUGAAAGCCUCACAGAUCAGGUUCCCACACGUUGCCUCACUCAGACAACAGCCCAUCACAACUACUUUAUACCAGAUAGCGACUUUGAGGAAACAUUGGAAUCGUCUUAAUGUCAACUUGACCAUCAUAAAUUCUCCAGACAUGCAGAUAAGGAAGAUGAGGGGAGUCCUUACUGUGACCAAAAUGCCAUGGAAACACUGACAGACAUGGUCCAAUCCUACCAAGACGCUAUGUCAGGAAGAAGACGAACUUUGCCUUUGCCCAGCCUGGGCAACAACUGCAGACAGCAGAGUCAUUUAGAUUGCGUUCCUUCAUCAAGACAGCUGACUCGGAGAAGCAACCGCCAUCCUGUACCCCCAAAACACAGGCAAAGAACAAGAAGUUUGGUGGAAGCGGCUCCAUCAUCCUUAGGCAUGCGGUCUCCUGCAGAACCUACUAAGCUCAGCCAAUCAGCUCCAAGUAUCCUGGAACCACUCCUAAGUUCAAACUACGUACUUCAGGCCAGGGCACACAUCCAGACACGAUUGAGCUCUCACGAACUGAUCAGUGAACAAAAGGGUCCCAUAUUGGCUCUGCAACCCGCUGCCCUUCUCCGGACACCCAAGCAGCUGGAACCACUGGACCUCAGGCUAAAAGACAAUGCUGCUGCACCGCCAUUAAAGCACAGUCUUCCCUUAAAGCCAAUCACCAAGAGCCUUCGUUCCAUGACACACUUGAAAAGAUUUUCAUGGGGCACCCCUCGUACCGACCCACUCCCCGCCAGGUGUGACAGUGAGGACAGCGGGUCCAGUACCAGCAGCCAGAGUUCUACUGAUCUGGAAGACGAGGAUUACGAAAGCAAUAUACAUGAAGACGUUGGCAGGAUGUUCACAAGGGCCAAGGUUUCAAAGCAUCUGAAAGACAGUGAGUUUGGUGAUGGGAAGGAUAAGAAAAUCCAUUCCACAUCACAACUCCACAAGUCAACCGGCAUACAAGAGUCUGUCAACUGUCAGACUUUUAUAAAUUGCAACAAUGCCAACCAGAAUUACUGCAUAAGAAACAGACACACAGUGAAACAUGAAACACCAUUCCUAUCAACAUCUAUUAAUAAUGGCUGCAACCAGACUGUAAAACGGGCAGAUCCAAUCAUUCAGGAUUCCUUGGUGGAUAAACCCGCAACCGCAAAGGAUUCCAAAGUAGGAGAAUCGACCUACUGUGGAACUGAGGGUGCCAAGUUAAAUACUAGCUCAGCUUUUGAAGAAACCUCAUUAAAUUCUAACAAUCAAAGGGUGGAUCUUAAGAAUGCAAAACUGAAGAAAGCUUUAAAGCUUACCCAAAGCAGGGCAAAAGAAUUAAAUCCAAAUUGUGAAUUGAGGACAAACUUGUCUAUCACCAGACUCAAGCAGAAAGACAAAAGCAUACUAAACCUGACUCAGGCCCCGAAAGAUUUAGUGCACCUCUCUCUUUCCAACCAAUCCCUGGAGAACACGACUGGAAGCCAUGAUCAAAUUGUUGGUAAAGAAGUUCCUGUCUCUUUGGUGAAAUCGAAUCUUAAAUCUGUAAAGGUUUCGUGUUGGACCUCUGACACCCAAUCGCCGCAAAAGAACGGAGCGGUUACUGCAUACUGUACAAAAGCAAAUCCUGACAAGGUAGGCAACCCCUGCACAAGACAGCCCCCAAAAGGCAGGGAGAUAAAGAGCACCCACCAGUUAAAGAGUCCAGAUGUAGGUGGGACACAAAGGUCUAAAUCUGUAAUGGACUUCAUCACAUAUAACGACAUGUUUAAGACAAUUCAGAGUGAAGGCAAAGGGCCUGCCAUCUAUGAGAUGUUUGCUGGUCCGAUUUAUGAUAAACUUCGAAAUCCAGUCAGCUUUGAGGAGAAACAACUACAAGCCGCUCAUUCCAGGAAGUCACCAGAGAUCCAUAAGGUCAAACCUAGACCCUUGAAACAAGUGCAGACUAAGCUAAGGAGAAGCCCCACAGAGACAAUAGUGGUUUCAACUAAAGGAAAAGCAAAACCUUUAUCCUCUAGUGUGAAACCUCACCUUCUACAUGCACCAAAGGACACACACAGAAUGGAGUGCAUAAGUAAACCCGAGGAUAAGGUAGUUCUCACUGAAGAUGUAGGGAAGAAUGAAGUUCCUAUAUUAUCAACCCUUGACGAGGUUCCUACUGGAUUUAAGUCUGAAACAUUAAACACAGAUGGAAAAUGUAUGCCAAUGACAGACAACAGUUAUAGUCACUUUUAUACAAAUAUGGAGGAGACAGCUUUAAGUUCAACAAACAUCAGAACAUGCACAAGAAAUACAAAUCAAACAGACCCUGAGCCAGCAUUAUCAAUAAGCCCCCAAAUGCCAAGAGUCGACACUUGGACAUCUUGUCACAGUAGUGGGCACACUGUGAUGUCACCAGUGUAUCAGAAGUUUCUGGAUGAGGUUGGGGACGGACCACUUACAGAUGACUUGCUGCAAUGUCUUGCUGAGGAGUUGAUCUCACUGGAUGAGAGGGAUGUCUCCAUUGUACCAUGUCCCAAAAACUGUGAAAUGGAGCUCCUCGAAGGAGACAGUCCUUCAUCAAGAAAGAAUGAGAAUGUUACUUCAUUGGACUUGGCAGCCUUACAUGGAUUUAGGUCAGAUGACACAAUUUCUUGGACAAAGGGUGAAGUACUUGGCCGUGGAGCCUAUGGGACAGUAUACUGCGGCCUGACAAGUCAGGGCCAGUUGAUAGCGGUGAAACAGGUGACUUUGGACACCUGUGACCCAGAGGCUGCCGAGAGAGAGUAUAGUCGUUUGCAGGGGGAAGUGGAACUUCUUAAAACUCUUAGGCACACUAAUAUUGUAGGUUUCCUUGGGACCUCCCUCCAUCAGCACAUGGUUUCCAUCUUCAUGGAGUACAUUCCAGGAGGAUCCAUCGCCAGCAUUCUUCAUAGAUUUGGUCCACUGCCAGAGCGUGUUUUGGCGCUAUACACCCAUCAGAUCCUGGAAGGGGUGGCAUACCUUCACUUUAACAGGGUCAUUCACCGUGACUUGAAAGGAAACAAUGUCAUGCUGAUGCCCACUGGUGUCAUCAAGCUCAUAGAUUUUGGCUGUGCACGUCGCCUCAGCUUCAUAACCCACACCACUAACAGCAGUGGGGACCUGCUCAAGUCUGUCCAUGGCACACCUUACUGGAUGGCACCAGAGGUUAUCACUGAGACAGGAUAUGGCAGGAAGUCAGAUGUUUGGAGCGUGGGUUGUACCGUCUUUGAGAUGGCCACAGGAAAGCCCCCUCUUGCACACAUGGACAAAAUUGCUGCCUUGUUCUACAUUGGGGCCAAACAAGGAUUGAUGCCUUCUUUACCUGAGGGAUUUUCGGAGAGCGCCAAAGACUUUGUGAACAUCUGCUUGACAAGUGACCAGCGAUUACGCCCCUCUGCGGACCAACUGCUGCAACAUUCAUUUAUCCCAAGACACAGGAAUGGUGUUACCUCUUGGAGUACACAGAAAAACAACUUCUGUGAUCAUCCAGAUGGACUUUGUGGUUUUGUCUGAUUCUGUUUUUGGAGAAAUGCAUUAUUGUAGCGUCCAUGUACCUGUGGUUUUAUCUGAUUCUUUGUUUUGUAGUAAUGCAUUCACAUACCUUCUUUGUAUCAUAUGCAAACAUAAAGAUAUAGAAAUGUUUAACAUUGCAGUUUGAGCCAAAUUAAAUAACAUAAAUCAAUUAUUCAGUUAUGUGACAAAAAAUAAUUACACAACCUUCGUAUCGGUGGUAAAUUAAAUUCCAAUUUAAGAGCUUUUCCUCUCAACAUUUUCAACAUUCUCACCAUUGCUGGAGUCUAAAAUUAACUACCACAUUAACCCCUUCUUCAUAUUUAGUAAAGUAAUGAGAAAACCUGUUAAUCAGCAAGAGUAGCCUUGUCCAUGGAGAGAUUUAGGAUUAAAGUUUAAUCUAGAGCUGUUGUGAAGACAAUGGUUGUAAAUGAAUCAAGGGGAAGACAACCUUUCAAUUUCUGUCCAAAAUAUGUGUACAUCUCAAAAUGGAAAAAAAAAAACACAGCCGGGGAUUUUACAUAACUGACUUUCUUCUGAUUAGUACUAUUGAUUAUGUAAACAAGGCUGACAAGUAAAAGGCUUGAGUGCCUUAAUAAUAAACACUUCAAAGGAUUUUUACACUAACAUGGCACACUACAAUUGUCAUUUUGUGUUAUUUACUUUCAACCAUACCUAUAUGCAUUUUUGGUGCAACUCAAACCACGUGG